AUGGUCAAUGAGGCUUUUGAUAUGUUUAGGGAGAUGCAAAAGUUGGGUAUUGAACGAGAUGAGGUUUCAUUGGUAAGUGUGAUUUCUGCGUGUGUUAUGUCGAGGGCACUGGAUAUAGGGAGAUGGGUUCAUGCCUAUAUUAAGGAACAGAUGAUUCAUAUUGAUCUUGAGCUUAGUACAGUGCUAGUUAAUAUGCAUGCAAAGUGUGGGUGUAUAGAAAAAGAAAAAGAAAUUUUUAAUGGGAUGGCAGUGGAGGUAUUUUCUCAAAUGAAAGAAACAAAGGCCCAGCCAAACCAUGUAACCUUUGUUGGCAUUUUAUCUGCAUGUGCCCAUAGUGGUCUAGCUUCAGAGGUUCGGAAUUAUUGGUCAAGCAUGCUUGAAUUGGGAAUAAAACCAUUAAAAGAGCAUUAUGGUGGCAUGGUUAAUUUACUGUGCCAUGGACGAGGAUUACAAUUUUGUAGAGAUUUUGCUGAUCUCACCAGAUCCAGUAAUUUGGAGAACAUUACUUGUAGGUUACAAGAAGAAUGGCAUGAGAAGAUGAGCCAUGCGAAAGGCAUCAAUGUAGCGCUAGGAUACACCUCCAUUAAGGUUGACGACUUCGUCCAUGACUUUGCAAUGGGUAACUGGUCACAUCCUGAGGCACAUGAAGUAAAACAAGUUUUGAGGGAUGUUUCUGUGGCUAUUGCUUAUGGCUUAACAAAGACCAAAGCACCGGCUACAGUUAGGAUAGUGAAGGGCCGAAGAGUUUGUGCGGACUGCCAUGAGUGGCAAAGAUUAUCAGCAAAAUUUAUGAAUAGGAAAUUAUCGCCAAAGAGCAGUGGCUGGUGGCUAGAGCGAUGGGUUUUGCUGGCAGUGGCCACUAGGGGUACUGUUGGAGGCUUAGGACUGGCAGAGACGGCUGUUUGGAUGGAUUUGUGGAGAGGAGGUUCGACAACGUAG